UGACGUGCGGCGGGGGCGGGGCCGGGAGGGGGCGGAGCCGCGCGGCCGAGCCAGAGCGUCGGGACUGUGGAGGGCGGGGGUAAGACACCGGGCACGGAGCUGCUGCCGCCGCCGCUCCCCUGCGCCAGGCAGAGGCCAGGCCCUGCUGCUUCAACAGUUGCAGGAGUCAGCAGCAGACGGUUGAAUCUCAGGCCUCCUAAGAGACUGACUUCAUGUGUGUUCAGAUGCAUCCCUACUUGUGAGCAGCAGAAACAUGGCAAGAUGAGAAGAGGAAGCUUAAGUCCAUUUCCCAAGAUAUGAAGUUUAAGCCCUGUUCCAGAAUCUGAGAUGCAGUAGAUGGUGCUGAAGCAACACUGAGGUUCCUGAAAUAUCCAGAGUCUGGAAAGAUAAAGGCAUAUUAGAAAGGUAUAAUGCUUAGAGAAAUUGAAGGAAACCUUCCUGUAUUUUGAGUGGAGUCACAAGGAGUCACACCUUACACUCAGCUAAGUCUUUGAAAUGUUUUUGUCAAACUUAAGACCUGUUUUAUUUAUCCUUUCAAGAAGAUAAGUGGGUAUUGUAUCACUUUUGAAGGAAAGAGUCAUUCCAUUGCUUUGAAUUUUCAUGUAUCCUUCAGACGGGAUACAGAAGACUAAUAGUGAUUUGAAAAAUCUGAAUGUAAGGAACUUCUGCCAAAAUCACUCUGUUCGAUACCAUGAACCUUAUUUAUUGCUCUGCAUUUUAAGAGAACAAAGUAGUGAAAUAAAGCAAUUGGAAAAAAAAAUCAUUAUGUCAGUGACUUAUGAUUUUUACAUGUAAAAGUGGUAUUUUAAAUUUUGUGUGUGCAGGUACAUGUUUUAGUCCAUUUGCUUUGUGUAUGUUGUAGUAAACUUUAAGAAACUGAUCCUCUAAAACCUGAAAUGGGUUUAAUUUAGGCAUUUGUGCUUCUUAAAGACAUUUCACAUAGAAUAUUUGCUUGAUGAGCACAAAAUUUCAUUAAUUUCUCUAUGAACUCCUGCUCUAAAAAGUAAAGCCCACACAACUUUAAUACUGCAGCGUGUCAGAGUUAAUUUGCUGUGCAUGACAGAAGCAGAGACAAUACUCUUCUGAUUCCACAUCUGAAACAUAAUUGGAGGUAUAUUUAGCUUGUUUAACUAUAGAUGUUUAGUCAUAAAAAUUCUGCAGUUGAAAUAGAAUUAGCAGCAUCAUUUAAUUUCUGUGCCAUUUUAUCUCAUCCUUUGUGAUGUAAGUUUUCAGCUGUCUGGUAUGUUCUGUGCCUACUUGCUAGUUGACUUUGAGUAAUUUAUGUUAGUUGGUAUAAAGCUGGUGUGAUACUUCCAUUUUCCCAGGCAGUGAAAUGGUUUGUUUAUCAAGUGCUGCAGAUCUGCUGCUAGAAACUUUCUAAGCUCUGUUUUUCUACUCAUUGGAGUUGCUCAGGUAUUUUAGCAAUGAUGGUUUGGAAAUAGCUUGGUAAAUAACACAGUAUUUUGUAUUUAGAUUAGACAGCUUUAAACAUUUGGAUAUAAAACUGUCUGGCAUAAAGACUGGGUGGAUUUAUUACGUAAAAUAGCAACAAAUCCUUUCCUGUGUUGUUAUGUAUAUGAAACCAGUAAGUGUCAAGCCAAAUACAGUAGCCCAGUGCGCUAUACUGGAAGACUAAAGCAUCCUGGAUAGUGGUGGGGUGUGUGUGGCUUAUGUCAUAAAGUGUGCAAAGCUGAGGGGAAGUGACAAAAUAAAUAGCUAUUUUAAAAACGGGGGAUGACUUGGGAAAAUUAAACUAUAAUUGCCUUCGUGACUCAAUGUACUUCUCAGUGCUUCGUUUCCCAGCGCUGACUAACAUGAGCGAGUUGUUGGGAACACACUGAAAUGGAAUUUCAGUAUUGUAUUAAAGAGGAAAAGAAAAUAGGAAAGAAGUAGAAGAUUGUGCUUUUAAGAACUGAAGGGUCCAGUAGUGGCCUACAAAUGUCUGAAGUACAUUUUAGAGGAUUCAGUUCAUGUUUUGUUCAUUUAAUGUAAUUAGUUUGUAUCUAGGUGUGUUGUCUUACUGGUCUUGAUUAUACACUUACAUAAUUUCUAAAAAUGGGAAGAAUUUUUCUGGAUCAUAUUGGUGGCACUCGCCUGUUCUCCUGUGCAAACUGCGACACAAUUCUGACCAACCGUUCUGAGCUCAUCUCCACACGUUUUACAGGGGCCACAGGAAGAGCCUUUCUUUUUAACAAGGUGGUAAAUCUGCAGUACAGUGAAGUUCAGGAUCGAGUCAUGCUCACUGGCCGCCACAUGGUUCGAGACGUGAGCUGCAAGAACUGCAACAGCAAACUGGGUUGGAUCUAUGAAUUUGCCACUGAAGACAGCCAGCGCUACAAGGAAGGCCGUGUUAUCCUGGAAAGAGCAUUGGUCCGAGAGAGCGAAGGAUUUGAGGAGCAUGUUCCAUCCGACAAUUCCUGAGAGACUUGAGUCUCUUCUCAGGUUCUCUUCAACCGAAACUCAAAAAUAAUAAAAUCAACAAAAAAAUCUGCUUACAUACACUGUCACCUUAGCAUCAGAGUCGGAUUCAUGGACUACAGAGUGGGAAAGAUUGUGAGAGUAUUUCAGAUGGAACCUUCCUUUCUUCAUUUCUUUUAUAUUUUACUUUCCCUCCAGCAGCUGUUUGUAGAAAGAAUGUUGUGCAGAUGCUGUAACUUUUUCUCUCUUGCAUUUACAUCUGUUAGAUUUGAGAUUGUAUCUACAGAUACAGUGGGCUAAAUGGAAAAUAUUUGGGGGAUUUGUCUUUUGGUAGAGAGAAAUUCAGUGAUUUUUUUCUAGUUUGCACAAACUGAUGUCAGCAUAAAGUUAUUUUAAAACUACAGAUUUUUUAAAGAAGUAUAUUCCAAUUUUUGGCUUAAGUUUUUAGUUAGGUUUUGGGUGUUUUUUUACCCAGUCUUUUCACCUGAUUUGCUAGCUGAAGUAAAGAGAUCCGAAUUUGUGCCGAGUGCUAAAGGUUCAGUGUUGGUACAGCUUGGGCUGGCCCUUGUGCCAUAUUCUUGUUGAGGUUGAUUGGUAGCACAGAGCCCAUUAUUUCUUGUCAUUCUUGACCCAAAGAUGUCACCAUUCCUUGUUUAUUUGUGAAGUCCCAUUCACCAUGUAAACUGGUGUUGAUUGGAAACUAUUCUUGAAAUAGGGCAAAACUGCUUGGCUUUUUUUAACUUUAACUGAUGUAAUUUAUAAGCAUAGUAAUAAUAUAAAAUAAUAGUUGUCUGUUUAGUCUUGCGUUGCUUACAAAUCAAGCUGUGUUUGUAAUGAUAGGGAUCCACUGAGAAACUACUGUUUCAGUAGUAAUUUUUUCGUUUCUCUACUGAUCUCAUUAAGUAGACAGGGAAUUGCAAAUCUUAAUUCUUCUUCAAGUAGCUUUCUUUAAACCCAGGACUUCCUAUGUUAAACACAGCUGCUGUGUCAAAGGAGAAGAUUGCCAGCAUGUUUGUUCAUGCCUAGAGUUAUGCAAUCUGCAUCUCUUGAAAAGAUUAACUUAAACAGCUUGUUUUCAAAUGCUGCUUCUGGUGUUGAAACCUUUAUCUUUCAACUUUGUUGAACCUUUUCAUUGUGAUGUUACAUUUUUAUCUUUCUGGGCAGCAGUACAUGUCAGCCUAGCAGUAACUAGUGACUCGGAUUCCUGCUUUCUUCUUGUAGAGGUCAGCUCUGUUUAAAACAGUGAUCUUGCUUGCCUUUUUAGCAAAAAUGCUCUUUAUUAACUUAACUCAAGGGUGCCCAAACAUUUGUGUUGUGUCUUAAGCCAUAAGUUAAGAUCUCAAGGGCUGAAAUUUAUUUGAAUGUUAGAUAUGUAUGAUUCCUCAUCAAAGAUACAAGUUGAUUCUUUUUUCUUAUUGCAUAAAUUGUGGUCAAUGUGAAAUAAGUUACCCACAGACGUACAGGAGGGAAAAAACCCCACCCAACCAAACAGAUCUGGGCUCUGACCUUUCAGAACAACUUUUUUUCUUUUUCACUAGCUACAGCUCCAUAUCUGAAACUAAAAUGUGGAGGGUGGCUAUGCAGAGUAUUUUUCUUAAUUUUUUUGGUUGCCAAGUGGCAAUUUGGACACCCCUGACUUGAAUCUACUGCCUAUUUAAUGUAAAAGUAGCUUUAUAAUAGAAUUGUCACAUAGAAAGAAAACAGAGGAGAUCACAUACCAGAGCUGUGCUUGAAUCAAGCUGCUUAAACGAUAGUGUACUUGUGCCUCAAAUGAAUCAGUUUUUGCACUGAGUACAGUAGUACCCCAUUAUCUUGUACUUCUGUCUGCCACAGACCCUGGAAGCCCCAUCAGCAUGGUUCUCUGCAGUACUUUUCUUGUACUUCUGACAUUACAGUACAAUAAAGUAUGUUUUGUCCUGAA